ACUAUUACCACGUGACACCCGGGAUCAGGUGGUUGGUCCGGCCUCCGCACAGGAGCUGUGAUUGGCUGACUCUAAUACGAAAGACGCCACUAGGGGCGGGCCGAAGAGGGGCGCAAGCGCACUGCGUUGCGAGUCUCGGGACCCCUUUCGGAGAGACCAUGGCGCUCAACAAGAAUCAUUCGGAGGGCGGCGGAGUGAUCGUGAACAACACCGAGAGCAUCUUAAUGUCCUAUGAUCAUGUGGAACUUACGUUCAAUGAUAUGAAGACCGUGCCAGAGGCCUUCAAAGGGACCAAGAAAGGCACUGUCUACCUUACCCCUUACCGGGUCAUCUUUCUGUCCAAGGGGAAGGACGCCAUGCAGUCCUUCAUGAUGCCGUUUUAUCUGAUGAAAGACUGUGAGAUCAAGCAGCCUGUGUUUGGUGCAAACUACAUCAAGGGAAUGGUGAAGGCCGAAGCAGGAGGUGGCUGGGAAGGUGCGGCUUCCUACAAGUUGACCUUCACGGCAGGGGGCGCCAUUGAGUUUGGACAACGGAUGCUUCAGGUGGCAUCUCAAGCCUCCAGAGGUGAAGCCCCCAAUGGAGCCUAUGGGUACUCUUACAUGCCCAGCGGGGCCUAUGUCUUUCCCCCGCCAGUCGCCAAUGGAAUGUACCCCUGCCCUCCUGGCUACCCCUAUCCACCGCCCCCACCUGAGUUCUAUCCAGGACCUCCCAUGAUGGAUGGGGCCAUGGGAUAUGUGCAGCCCCCGCCACCGCCCUAUCCUGGGCCCAUGGAACCUCCAGUCAGCGGCCCUGAUGUCCCCUCCACUCCUGCAGCCGAAGCUAAGGCCGCAGAAGCAGCUGCUAGCGCCUAUUACAACCCGGGCAACCCACACAAUGUCUACAUGCCCACGAACCAGCCUCCGCCACCUCCUUACUACCCCCCGGAAGAUAAGAAGACGCAGUAGACCCACCCAUCUCCCUGCCUCUUACCCAGCUCGCCUUCCUUCCCCUCCCCUGGGGCUGUGGCUGGGGCUUGGGGAGGUGAGGGAGGGCCUUGUUCUUCCUCUAGGUCUGAUUAUAAACAGUCACCAGAACUAGCACUGUGGGACAGAGGGGCCCCUGGCCUCUGGAGAGAUGCCCCCCGCUUCCCAUGCCAGCUCAGAGCCCGCGGCACUGCUCAGCACACCUCCCUCGCCAUCUCUGGGGCUCUCCUUGGGAGCACAGGGUGUCCCCUUGUUCCUGUUUUGCUCUCGUAGUUUCCCCCCACAAGGGACUCUCUGGCCACCUCCUCCACCUCAGUCCAGCUCCUUUGGUCUGGCAGCUGCUGCACUCAGGUCCCCGGCCCCGGCAGGCCUGCUCCCACUCCCUCCCCUGGCCUGUGCCCAGCGAGGAAGGGACCGUCAGCCCACAUUCCAUGCGCCAGCCUCCAGCCCUGGCCACACUCGCCUCCCUUCCCUUCCCCUCCCUGGCCUUGGUCAUGCAGUGGCCACCUCUGUGUGACUUCCGAAGCUUUUACAUGAGCUUCCAGGGGUUGGGUGGUGUCGGGCACGAGGCCACUGCGGCUGGGCGGGGAGGAAGCCCCUCUGCGUCCCUGCUAGUUUUUCUGGAAUUUGCUUUCCCUCUCCUCUCUUCCCUCUAAAAGGGGCUUCUUGACUGGAACUGGAGAACCUACGUCUGUCCUGUCUUGCCACUUGGGGGCCUCUGGGUGGGCUGGGAACAAGGGCCCCAACCCUGCUGCCAGCCCCUCAGCCUGUCCUCCCUUUAAGCUUCGUGCCCCCUGGAUGCGCUAAAAUUUGCUCAUGUGUUCCUGGACUGGCCAUGAAGUGAGGAGAUGGUUAUUUAAAGAGAAUCCCUAUUUAUUUGACAAAAAAAAUGCAGUUAAUAUAUUAAUGUGAAAUAAACCCUGUUUGCACCUUGAUUUGUUUGCUGAAAAUGUGAAAUAGUAAAAAUGAAGUAA